AUGGUCGACGACAUGAUCCGAGCCGUCGCUGAGUACCUGGGGCGUUCAGGGCCGUGGCAUCAACGAUUCAUGGAGCUGCAAGAGGUUUUCACAGCCACGAACCUCGAAGUCCAAGGAAUACACGACAUUAGAUGGCUGUCGAAGGGUGAUGCCGUCGCGCGGUUCGUCGAAGUCCUGCCCAACCUCGUUGUCAUGCUGUCUGAGUGGAAGGACAGGACGUUCUACGAGCUCAUCACGUCACAUCGCUUCCAGUUCCUGCUCAGGUUUCUUGCGGACGAUCUGGAACUGCUCAACGUCCUCUCCAAGGUGUUCCAGCAGCGCGAGCGGCUGUACCACUUCAUCGCCAAGCAUGGACCUGAGGGGUCGCCGCUGAUGGUGGUGGAAGGGGCGUCGUCUGACGGCAGCAUGAACCGCUUCACCUUCACCCUCCACGAGUGCACGAUCGAGCGGUAUCGUGGACUAGGGCAUCAUGACGCGUGCGUGGCGCUCUGCACCGACAUGGCCGAGCUCCUCGUCAAGAACCUGCAGACAAAGCUCGGUGACCUCGACUCGCUUUCCGGCGCGAGGCUGUUCACCCCGAACCUGUGGCCACCGAACUGGGAGCGGCAUGCACGGCAGGCACAGUGCCUGGAGUAG